UGAACUGAAACUAACUGAAAUUACAUGUUAAAGCUAAACUAGACUUUUUAUACUUUUAUAGUCAAAGAUUUGGAGGAAUAUGUCAAGCGUCAAGACAUUUAGAUAUAGAUUUAACAUGCAACUAUAAUCAGAAGAAAAUUUCAUUCUAUUUUCAUAUUUUCAUACUAUGAAAUGAUUUUUUAAAUAUUUAUCUUUUUAAAAAAAUGGAAGUGCAAUUUUCAAACAGCACUUUUUCAUUCAAUCUUCAAAUUGACAAAUUUGAUAUCCCCACAGAAGCUAUAUACCCUGUUUUCUUCAUUGGAGUUUUUAUGUAUGUGUUUUCUGUUUUGAGCAAUGGAACAAUUCUAGCUCUGAUUGUGACCCAGCGAAGCCUCCAUAAGCCAAUGUUUUAUAUAUUUUUCAGCCUUCCUCUGACAGAUCUAGUAGGAAUUACAUGUUCUCUUCCCAGAUUGCUUGUGGAUAUCAUUACUCAGACCAACAAUAUUUAUUACCCAACUUGUGUAUUGCAAGCAUUUUUGCUGCAUUUGUAUGGAACCAGUGUGCUUCUUUCUAUGACAGCCAUGGCAUUUGAUCGAUAUAUAGCCAUAUGCAAGCCUCUUAGAUAUAACUCUAUUAUGACACCUUUAACUGUGGGCUGUAUUAUAGGUAUAGUCUGGGGUCUUGCCACUGCCUUAAUCCUUGUCUUGUUUGCCCUUCAGGCCAGACUACCAAAAUGCAAGACGUUUAUUGCAAAUGUUUAUUGCAGUAAUAAUACUUUACUCAAACUCGCAUGUGGGGGAGAUUCUACUGUGAACAAUGUAUAUGGUUUAUUCAUAACAGGAUUCGUUCAGGCAAUUAGUGUUUCUGUUCAGUUAUUGUCCUAUGUCCAAAUUCUCAUCACCUGCAUUUUCCAUUCACAACCAGAUGCUAGAAUUAAGGCUAUUAAUACAUGUUUAGCUCAAAUUAUAACAUUAUGUAUCUUUGAAAUAGCCACUACCUUCACAAUACUUUCAUAUCGAUUUGAAAACGCAUCUCCUAAUGCACAGAAAAUUUGUGGCAUAAUGAUUUUCACUUUCCUACCAGUUGUAAAUCCAAUUGUUUAUGGAAUGAAAACAAGGGAUAUUAGAAAUGCAUUCUUUGUGGUGUUGAAAAAGCACAAGGUCACAUCUACAUAAAUGUCACACUCAUUCUAUAAAGUCGAGUUUGAGUUUAUGUGAAUAUGAACCUUUUUGUAUGUAUAAAUAAUGCAUUGUUUGUAAAAUAAUAUAUGUAUUCUACUGAUAGAUGAGUAGAAAUGUUUCACAUGUAUUAUAUUAUGUUCCUUAUGUGUUUAAAGCAAUAAAAAUAUUGUUUAAAAAUACUUUACACACUGAAAUUCUGAUCAAUUUAUUCAAUUGUUUCAUAACAUUAUGCACUGCAGUCAAAUCAUUGUUUAUAUAUUUUAAUAUAAAUGAUUUGUCUCUUACCAGCUUACGCACUGUCAGAAAUGAAGCAAAAGUCAAUGUUUAUUUAAUCAAAAGUAAUUUUUACUUACUUUAUUCUUACUGUCCCUAAAGGCCACUUCUUGUAAAGGCCACGUAUAUGCUUUUAUAAUGCUGUUCUUAUAAACAGAACCUGUUUUUUUAUGUUUAUUGGUUUCUUUCUUUUCUCUCUCUUUUCUUUAUCGUCUGAACCUAGACUAUUUUAUUACAGUGUUUUGUUUAUGUUUCUGUAUUUCUGUGCUCACAGUGUUUGGGCAAAUAUAAAAAAAAUACAUAAUAAUAAACAUGAACCUUUUUUCUGAUACAGGAUCAAGGAUCCUAAAAAUUCAUAGAAGGUAACCCGAGCAUCUUUAGAAAUGAAAUGAAAUCAUAUUUUAUUUCUGAUGUUUUUGUUUCUGAUGAGUAAUGAUGGGAUACAGUGGUAUGCAAAAGUAUUCAUACCCCUUAAACAUUUUCACCUUACAACCACAAACUUAUAUAUUGUAUUUU